UCGCGGAGCACCGGUUGUCUUCCACUUUUUCCUGCAAGAUGCAAGACAACCAUGAGGUUCCUGUUUGAACAGCUGGAACACGGCCGAAGUGUAUCUGGGCGGAAUCCAGUCCACUCUGAAACGUGCGCUUUUUUUUCCGAAAAAAGAACGGCACAGUGAAGUCGGUCUGCUGUACCCGAAGAGAUUUGCCAGCGGCAAGUUGCAAGGGAACCGCUUCAUCAUCCCGUUCACCCGAAGCGAAGCCCGGUUCUUUCUGUGAACCCGAGUCCCCAAAAUCCAGGACACCCGACGACGCGGCGGCGGACUCUCUUUGCUUCCUAAUCCCUCCCGUGUCUGCUGUGUGGAGCUUCCGGAAAGCCGUGCGUCCCGCAAAGAUCGCGUGAAACGGCGGAUGCAACUUCUUGAAGGCUUCGCUUUCUGUGGUGGUUCUCUCCGCCGCGUGUUCUGGCGCGUAGCCGAUUGUACAUACACCCCAGAAGACCGGAGAAGACUCCUACUGGCCCCGGCUCGUCGCUUUCCUCGGUUUACCUCCCUCUCUGCCCAACGUGUUUCCAUUCCAAAAUUGUCCUCCGUCCAAGGUUCCAACCUCUUCGAUCGAGAGUCGAAGCAGCGUCUGCCUCUGCGUCUCUUCACAGGUGUCGUUGUUUCCGUGAAAGUCUUCCGAACGCAGAACCCACCGGAAGCGAGCGUCCGACUGCACCCUCGGUCGGCACUUGCAGAGAGACCUUCCCCUCCGGUCUUUUUUUCCCUCGUCUGAAGAAGGCAUCGCAGGCGUGUCUGGUGGCGAAGAAGAGCCGCUUUUCUCCGAACUUUUUUUUGAGCAGCAGGGGACAUGCUGGAGACGCACACCGGCUGGCGGCCGGGCGACUGCGUGGCGGCAGAGACGGCGGACCUGCUACCGCCUGGCUUCCGCUCGUCUUCGCUCUCGCGUUCUGCCUCCUGUCCUGCCGGCUCUCCGGCGUCUGCCGUCCUCUCCUCAGCGACGCCUCUGCUGGAGUGUAUGUACACCUCCUGGGGCGGCGUCGGCCCGUUGUCUGCAGUCGACCAAGAAGUCUACGAGGUCGACCGCUGCAAGGCUCUCGCAGCCCGGGCGCGGCUGCUCGCCCUCGCGCAGUCUUCCCGUUCUUCCUGUUCCGGUUGCUCAAGUGCCUCCCCUCUCGAACAGAGGGUAGUGUCGCCUCUGUCGACUGUGGCGGAAGAAAGAUGGCAGAGUCAGCGCUGUCUCCGAGGCUUCGCCUUCGCCUUCGUUCUCGAGCGCCUGCUGGCGGCAGAGGCUCCGCUCGACUGGCUAGAAACAGUUGCUUGGGAAGAGGCCCUCGCCUUCUUCGUCGAGUGUUCCUUGAAGGAGAAGAGGCGGAGCAUGGAGGUUCGAGGGAAUCGAGCGCCGCGCCAGCCAGAAAAGAAGCGCGAGUGCGUGGUCUCCGGAAAUGAGGAAGCCUGGGAACUGCGGACGGACCAGAGCAGCUUCGGCGAAGCGACAGACACAGACGGACGCAAGGGUGGUCACGAGGAACAAAUCAGCGACACGACGCUGCUGCGGCCGCCUCCCGUGCUUCCACUUAUGCAGCGCUUUUCUCGGAGAUUUUGGUUCUUCCGAAACCAAAACGACGCUUCUGCUGCCCCUGUUCCCUCCAGUUUUCCUUCCUUCUGCUCAGUUCCGGAUGCCGAGAAAGGCACCCCUUCGCAUGCGGUGUCUUCAGUCCACUCCCUGCCCGCGUGGCUCUUCUUCUUCUUCGAAGAACUCGCUUCUUUUCUCCUCUUCGUCCUCCAGAUGAUGCAGCGCCUUCAACAGCGCGGUGGGGUGUAUGUACACCUGACCAGCGACACGUGGACCCGCCGCUACCGGCAUCUACACUUCUGUCUGGAAAAGGUUCACACGCUGCGUCAAAGACAAGACGAAGAGUCCGACCUCAACCGCCAUCUUCUUCCUCUUUCUUCUUCGUCUGCCUCCUCUGCCUGCACUCCUCUGUCUGCUCCUCCUCCUCCUUUGUCUGCGGGCUCUCUUCCUCUCUCUCUGCCUCCACUUCACCAUUUAGAGCCCUCUCUCUGCCAGUUCUUCCCGGAGACUUCUCUGACUGCGCCGCACUCUUUCUGGCUGCUCUAUGACUCGAAGCUGUGCCGGUGGCUAGUUACGCGCGACUCGCUGCCGGUCCGCGAAGUGUACGUACACUCCGUUGCCGCGCCUCGCGCCGGGACCAGCGCGCGGCCGCGACGCGCGCCGAGCUUGACGGCGAUCAACACGGCGAGGGAAGAGGCGCUUUUCUAUCUUUCGCUCUGUGGGGUAGGAAGAAGUGAAGAAGAAAUUUCACAGAAACAGUCCGUCUCUUCCUGCUCUCCUCUGGACGAAGGCCUCAUUGGUCGUCUCGUGCAGCAGCUACAGAGACGCCCCGACGAUAGAAAGCGGGGGUCUCUGCGGCCGUCCGGAGGAGACGAACAAGGUGAGUCCCGAGAGACGAAGCGGGGAGACGAGACGAAGGAGCAGAGGCGAGAAGAGACCGACGCUCCGUCUUGUCAACAGAGGAAAAGUGCAGACACACCGUGUCGGCCGGAGACUCGCAGGUUCUCUUCCGCUCUGCAGGACGGAGACGCCGACGUGUCAUCUGUCUCUGCCUGCGCGAACGUCGAGGCGCGCGUGGAGGCCCUUUCGCCGCGGAGACAGCGCAGCGGACAAGAGUCUCCGGGUGGGCAGGACGAGCCGGAGGUAGUCCUCGAGGAGGGCGAUGAAGAGGAAGAGAGAAGAGCGAUGCUGGCGCUUUCUUCCUCUCUGAGAAAAACCUGCAGAAAACGAGUCUCGAUCGACUCCACCUCGUCCGGCGCCGCUGCGAUGCGGUCUGUCUCCAGCAAGCGUCGCCGAGCGCUUCAGGAGACACAGCUGGAACCCGGUGGAGACGCAUGUGGAGGGUCGCGUUCUUCGGAGUCCGCCGAGAGAGACUCUCCCCGAGGCGCGACGUCUGCGGGGGCACAAGAGCAGGGGCGUUCGUGCUUUUCCAGGGAAAAGGAGAAUCGUCGAGAGUCCGAGAACGUCUGCGUGGACCGGAAACUUCCGGCGGCAGACGCCGCGAGCUGGGGCGCGCGAGAGGCGGCCUGGCUGGCAGGCAUCUUCGAAUGGCGCGACGAGAAAUCCAGGGACAAACCGUGCGGAGAGGACGUUGCCGCGCGAGGUCGCGGCGGCGCGGGAGAAGAGGAAGAGAGAGCUUCUGAAGAGGAACUUGUGUGUCCGGAGAAGGAACUUAACGAUGCCACGAGUGACCACAUCGAAGACGAGGCGCUUGAAGGAAAAGGAAGAGCGCGCGAGUCUCCGAACAAGCGGGAGAGAAGACAGCGGGCAAGUGCGGCGUCUGUGGCUUCUGUCUGCACAUCCUUUCCCUCUUCGCGGUGUACGUCCAGCGUCGCUUCGGGGUCUUCCUGGGGAGACGCGCCUCUGCAGGCUGUCGGCAGAGACGUUGUGUCGCAUUGCCUGCAGCGAGGAAGUCGCGAGUCUCUGGAGCUUCCGGGCUUCAGGGACAUCGACGUGUCACGAACGGAGAACUUGUCGGGAGGCAGAUGCCUCGUAGGCAGUCGGUUCAGGAACGCGUUUUUCUCGGACUCUCUCCUCGCCUUUGCGCGGCAACACUCGGCUCUCCUACCGGUCAAACCUCCCAGAGGCCAUGCCUCCUCUGCAGCCUUGGAAGCGACGGCAGGGAACGCGACAGUCUCUGAAGCCACAGACGCGGGCGGUCGAGAAGAAGCGAAGAAGAUUUUCACUGAGAAGGAAAUCCUUCGCGUGGUGAAGAACUACAUGCGAGAGUCGUGCAAAAAGAAGGGGAAGAAACAUUUUUUCUGCGAUGACGCGCUAAAGCGCCUGACCGGUGUCCAGACACUCCCGAUGGAGUCAGAGAAGCUCCUCCACGCUCUGAAGGCCGCGAAACUCGUCACGCAUUUCAUGAUCACGUAGAAAGGAUGACGCGAGAUCCUCCAGUCGGCAGUUAAACCGACAAAAACGUUCCUUGUCUGUAGUGAAGAAAGACUUGCCGGCCCCGCGAGAGUCGCGAGAUUCGAGCUGCGCACUUGAAGAGCUCACGACACGAUUCGUGUUCACGUAGAAUGGAGAGAGACACCGCAGUCGAGUUGCAGAGGAAAGAGACAAUGCUCUGCGUCUUUUGUUGACUUCAACCGGGAGGGUUCCCGAGUGAAGAGCAGAAGGAUUUCUUGUUCUUCGUACAGCUCCAGGAAUUCCAGCCUCAGCCUCGGGCUUGCGGUGCGACUCUUCCUCGAAGAGAGGUGAAGGACGCCGUGGGUGUGUGGGCUUGUCUCGGUGGACCUGCUGCUUUUCUCUGCUUUCCUCUUUCGUCUCAAACGCUGUCCGUCUGUCUCUAACUCGACAGAAAGUCUCUCGGCGACUGAGCUGCGCGUACCGAGGAAGUCUUCGCUGUCUGCACGUUCCUGUGUUUUUCCUCCGAAAGCGCAUGCUUGGACUCUCACGAGCAGCAGCAUCGGCUUGCGAUCCGACUUGUGCAACUUUUAGGGAAAAUCGUAGAAGUCAAUUGGGGGAGAACCCAAGCCAUGAACUAAGAGAAAAAUACAGCGGACACUUCUAAGGAUGUGAAGUUGUUACGUACGGAAGUCAGGUUUAAAGUAACUUUGUACAGCAAACUACUGCUUUUGACAGAAUUUUAUAAUUUUUCUCUGAAUAGCUUUCUCCACAGUGCGGUCUCACGACUCGAGACCAACGGAGAGCACCUUCACAUGCGCAUCGAAGCGCACGGCACAGACUCCGUGAGUUUUUGCAAGUGCUUCACAUAAACAAUUGACGCUUCUUCGUGGAAUACAAUGCCUGAGCAGCGACACGAGACCUUCACAGAGCCGUUGCCACCUACCGGUUGUCUCCCAGCGUCUAACACCGACAACCGAGCAGUAACUUAGAUGCGCCGAUGAACGAACUCCUUGUACAGCGUUUUUGCCACCGCGACUCUGAACUGUAUCGGGGGGGGAGUGUGGUGAAUAGAGGAGCGACUUUGAGCCUGGUGCAGGCGCGAGGAGAAACAAGAACAAUUGCCUCUCUCGGCGAGAAAGGAGAGUGGACAAACGUGACCGCUUCACACAACGCAAAAAUCGCAAGCGCCUCAGAGGGGCGAUGGUUCGCGGUAUAGUGACACCGGAGCCGGUAUUUGAAGACGAAAUUGUAUUCGGAAGAAACGAGAGAGGAAAACGAGAAUGAGUGGGAAUGAAGGGUACGGCAGCGACUCUUGUUACGAUGAACCGUUCUCGUUGUGGAAAGAAUUUCCAUCUCAGAAAGAAAACAGGUAUUCACUCGUCUGCCUCAACGGACACACCUUAGCCUCCAAGGUCCCGAGGCGUUUAACGACUCUCGAAAGAAGUCCGUCGUAACCGAACUAUUCAGUCAUAAAGAGACAUAUUCAAAUUUAUCUCUCUGUAAAUACC